CAACAUUUCAGUGGCAUUCUCGUAAUUAACCCUCCCCAAGGCCCCAAUAACACACCAUCCCCAGUAUUUAUCCUUCCUCUUUCUUUCCUCACUAAUCGCACUCUUCUCUCUUUUCUUUACUCAGUUUCCACGAAACCCGGCCCGCACAACCCGGUUCUCGACCGACCCGGUCCGUACCGCCGAUCAGCUGCUUAUCCGUUCAUAAGCCGGCAUUGACUGAAACUGCGCCGCAUCGAUGACGUCCGGCACGAGGCUGCCGACAUGGAAGGAACGAGAGAACAACAAACGGAGGGAGCGGCGCCGCCGCGCGAUUGCCGCCAAGAUCUUCGCCGGGCUGAGGAUGUACGGCAACUACAAGCUCCCCAAGCACUGCGACAACAACGAGGUCCUCAAAGCCCUCUGCAACGAGGCCGGAUGGAUCGUGGAAGAAGACGGCACCACUUACAGAAAGUUAAUUUCCUUGCUGGGGGUGGUUUAUGCUAAAUUGAGCUGGGUGCGUUUGGUGCAAUUUAGCGCCGAUGAUCGGGUUUCUGCAGGUGGACCUGCGGGAGCUGGUGAGUCAAUCGCAAUGUCUAAGGACAGGGUGCUAAGGCUAAUUCUAGGUCAUAAACAGUGUUGCGUGAUUAGCUGUCAACUGCCGUGCAGUCCAGAGCAUGGAUGUAAGCCUGUGGAACGAAUGGAUAUAAUGGGCUCAUCCGGAGUAAGCCCUUGCUCAUCAUAUCGACCGAGCCCAGGCCCAUCGUUCAACCCGAGCCCAAUCUCGUCCUCAUUCGCAAGCCCCGUCUCUUCCCACUUCACAAAUAACACCACCAACACAAACGACCCGAAUUCCCUCAUCCCUUGGCUCAAAAACCUCUCGUCUUCUGGCACUCAACCUCCAUCUUCCAAAUUCCCCCACCAUCUUUACAUCCCAGGUGGCUCCAUAAGUGCCCCUGUAACCCCUCCUCUCAGCUCACCCACUGCACGCACUCCAAGAAUGAACAAUGACCCAUCAUCCAAUCCCGCCUGGCAGCAGCAUUUUCCGUUUUUACCCUCGUCCACUCCACAGAGCCCUGGCAUGCAAACCCCGCCUGAUUCGGGAUGGCUUUCUGGGGUUCAGACCCCACAAGAUGGGCCUUCUUCGCCAACGUUUAGCCUUGUGGCUGCUAACCCGUUUGGUUUUAGGGAGCCAGUUUCGAACGGGGGCUCGCGUAUGUGGACACCCGGCCAGAGUGGAGCCUGCUCGCCAGCUGUCGCCGCAGGGUUCGACCAGACGGGUGAUUUGCCGAUGUGUGAUGCUAUUUCGGCUGAGUUUGCUUUUGGGAGUAAUAAUAAUAAGGGGAUUGUGAAGCCUUGGGAAGGUGAAAGGAUACACGAUGAGUGUGUUCCGGAUGAGCUUGAGCUCACUCUUGGGAAU